GAUCGCUUUCUAUGGCAUCACGGCCAAUCUCGUCCUGUUCCUGAACCGCGGGGACUUCCUGUGGACGUCCUACAAUGCUGCUAAUGCUCUGUUUAUCUUCAUGGGCCUGUCGUACUUGAUGUGCGUGUUCGGAGGCUGGCUGGCAGACACCGUACUGGGAAGGUUUCGGACAAUCGUUAUCAGCUUUGUCGUGUACAUUCUUGGUAUCAUGUUUCUUCCCAUGCUCGGACAUGAUGGGAUGAGGGGAAAGCUGUGCGGAGGUAGAGCCUGGAUCAUCCAGCCGAUAAACGCCACGAAAGAUGGAACAGACAAUCAGGAGCAAUACUGCGACUCUCUGAUCUAUCCAAUCAUAGCUGUCAUCGCCAUUGGAACAGGGUCGGUGAAAGCGAACAUCGCGCCAUUUGGUGCUGAUCAGGUGAAAGAUGAGGGGCCAGAAGUGAUGCGCAUGUUCUUCAACUGGUUCUAUUGGUCGAUUAACGCUGGUGUGCUACUGUCGCUCGGCGCUGUCGCGUUCAUCCAGCAGAACAUGGGCUUCUUCUACGGUUUCCUGAUUCCCGCCGUGUCGCUUGGCGUAGCGCUGAUUCUGUUCGUGCUGGGACAGCCCGCGUACGUGUGCAGGUCACCGUCGGGGAGCGUGCUGACCAACGUGUUCCGAAUCAUCUUGGAAGCUUGCAGGUCCAGGAGGCGGCGGAGAAGAAAUUAUAGCCAACCAAGCGACAUUGAUACAGUGGUGGACCCCUUACCCAACCCUACAUGGCUGGACAUGGCGAAAGUGCGGUACGGUGGGAGCUUCCAUGAAUCCAACGUCGAGGAUGUGAAAUCUCUUGGGAAAAUCCUGCCUGUCUUCAUAGUGCUCAUCCCAUAUUGGAUGGUGUACUUCCAGAUGCAGACUACCUUUCAACUCCAAGGACUCCACAUGCGGAUCCCACCCUUAAAUAUAACGGUCAAGAAUAACGACCCAGGACAGAACACACCUGCUGGCCAGAACAAUUCAGAACUCAAUGGUGGUGGACUGGUCAAAAUGCAGAUGCCAGCAGCCUGGCUGACGCUGUUUGACGCUUUGCUCCUGUUGAUCCUGAUUCCCGUGAUGGACCGCGUGGUGUACCCGUGGAUGGACCGGCGCGGGUGCCACUUCUCCGUACUGAAGAGGAUCAGUCUGGGCAUGUUCUUUGGCUUCUGUGCAGUCAUGUGUGCCGGGGGCCUGGAGACUUACAGACUGCAGCUAGUCCAGAACCACACCAUAACACAGAACAUCAGUGGUACUUCGUUUUAUGCAGCAGACUUGUGGAUCUGGUGGCAGAUACCACAGUACUCACUCAUAGGGGCCAGCGAGGUGUUUGCUAGUGUGGCAGGCCUGGAGUUUGCGUAUGCUGCUGCGCCUCGCUCCAUGCACUCCAUCAUCAUGGGCCUCUUCUUCUUCACAUCCGGGAUCGGAUCGCUUCUCGGCUCCGGACUUCUCGCACUGGUCAAGAAAUUCAACUGGGUCACGGACGCUGACCAUGGCAACAUAAACAAAGGGCACCUUGACUACUACUUCUUUGUACUGGGUGGCCUGCAGUUUCUCUCAUUUGUCGUUUUUAACAUUGUGGCGGUUUCAUUUCACCGCGCCAAGAUGAAGCGUCAAAAGCAGCAGGCUGGGAAUGGGUUUAGUUCUAGACACUUGCAGAGAAGUAGUUACGUAGAGUAAUGCAGUACCUCCUUGAUUCUAUUUAUGUCUUUAGACUGCAUUUUGUACAAUUUCUUUUGGAUGGGAAAUUGCCUUACUCAAUCCUCCAAAAAUAGCAGCAUAAUAGGAGCCUGUGGUAUUAAAGCAUGAGUCCAAUUGUAUUCACAUAGACUGUAACAUCUUUGUUUCACUGCUCCAAAAAUAGGUUUUGUUAUUAGUUAAUUAGCAUAUACAAUUGUGUAUAUUAAUAAUGAUGAAGUAUGUGCU